GAAGAAAUUUUAUAAAUAAUAAUUGCGAUAUCUUCAAUAAAAGUUAAAGGGAUUUGAAACGUGAGCAGAGGAAUGUAAAUUCAUUUUCCAAAUUUGAAUUUCCAUGAAUUGCUUUUGUGAACCGUUUUGCGCAUCUUUGGCUCCCUGGCUUCCACUCACAGACACUUGCGCACGCUCUUGCUUGGCGCUCGCGCUCUCUCUAGCUGUCCCCCGCUCUGGUAACGGUAUCACGCGCUCUGGACCCAACGUCAUCCAUCGCUGGCGCUCAUUCGAAUUUCAACGCUCGGCAGUGUAAGGUGGUCCGUCGUCGCAGCACUCAGCACUGGUACGAACCGUACGAACACUCUGCCAACUAACGUCACACUCUCUCGUGCCACCCACACUUGUGCAAAAGGCCAAAGAGCAGUCAUAGCCCCGUGCAAGGUGCUUGGUACCCCGCCCCCGGCUGCACUUGAGCAUAAAUUCUUUUGCUUUUCCCUUUUCCUUUAGAAUUUAACUGUGAAAGUGAAAACGUGACAGCACGAAGAACGAAACGAACGAACGAGGCAAGCAAAACAAAAAACCCGCGUGUGUGUGUGAAAAUAAAAAGAAGGAGAACAAAACGCAGCAGAACACAAGAGAGAGAGAGAGAGAAUAAAAAAAGAUAAAAAUAAUCAACGAACGAAGGGACACGGUGGCCCUCAGGCGAAAACAAGGAGAACAACAAAAAACACAAAAAAAAAACACAACGAAAAUUGACAGACUUGGAAGCGCGCCCACACCUUCGAUUUGAUUAUAUUAUAUCACAGCUAUGCUCUCGCUGUAUUUGUCCUAAAUCGUUCACUAUAAUGAAUUCUGCGCGGCAUCAUCGUAUUGGAGUAUUUCUGUCUCCAUAAGUUUGCUGAGAAACACCAACAUCAAAACUUGAAUACUAAAAAGAAAAAAAAAAACAUCAAAUUCUAUAAAUCAAAACAAGGAACAACAAAUUCAACAAAUCAAAAGGAACACCAAAAUUGUAUAAAUAUCUAAAAGUUUUCUAGUCAAACAAUAAAAGAAACAUCGAAGGAGAUUUACUCAUCAACUGCCUCCUGCCCAAAACAGUAACACAAACAGAAACGGAAACCCGAAGUAAGGUGUAAGGUCUUGGAGUGGUCUCUGAGCCAAAACCCAAAUCAAAAAGUUGACAGCGACGGAAAGUGACCCAAAGGAGGGCACACACACGACUGCAAAUCUGGCCAAAAAGAUGCCAUACCAUCGGAGUGGAGACGCCUCUGCACAGGCCGACAAAUUGAGCGGCAUUGUGGAGGAGAGCGAUCUGUACGAGGGGUUUGCGCCGCAUGUCGAGACCUCGGAAAUUAAAACCCUUGACUUUUACAAUCUGCCCAAGCCAACCGGCAAGGAGCCGGCACUGCGCUCCUACACGGAAAUCCAACAGCUGCUGCAGCAGGGCAAGAAGCGUGACGUAAAGAACAUACUCAGAGAGAACUCCUGGCCGAUCAACUCGCCCAUACGUGCCCAGCUAUGGCCGAUGCUAUGCGGCCAGCACCUGACCAAGCAGCAAAUGCUCGAUGGGUUCUACUGGGAGAUGGUCCAUCAGGUCUUUGGGACCACAGAGCUGUCGGAGAAGCCGAUUAUGCUGCCCGCCUUUGUGGAUGCCACACACUGUUUGCCCUAUCACCUGACCAGCACGGGCCGUGCCGUUGCCGAUCGCAUUGUGAAUGUGUUGGGCUAUGAUUGCCCCGAUAUUACCUACAGUCCAGUAUUGUAUCCCAUUACAUCGAUACUUUUGCAUUUCAUGUCGGAGGAGGAAGCCUACAUGUGCCUCGCCGGUCUGGUGGGUAGCAAGGAGAAGGUAUUCAUCAAUCAAACCAAACUACAGCAUGAGGUCACCUGGAAGACGGUGAUGCAGAUAGCCAAAAAGCACACGAAAAGUGCAAUUUCGUAUUUCCAACGUAUUUGUCCGGGCCUGAAGCUGGAGCGCGUGUUCAUGGACUGGUGCUGGUGGAUAUUAGCCGGUCUACCCUUCCAGCAUCUGGUGCGGAUCAUGGACUGUUAUUUCCACGAGGGCAUCAAGGUCCUGUACCGUGUGGCCCUGGUCGUGCUCAAUCUGUUCCACAAGGAGUGCCAGUCGAACAACGAAUGGAGUCCGGAUAAUAUUAAAAAUGACAUUGGCAACGCUUUGAUCAAGUUCUGCAAGAAGAUACCAGUGUCGCCGGCGAAACUUCUCCAUGCCGCGUUUAGUAUUAGGGGACUGAGUACCCAGUAUAUUUCUAGAAUAUUUAUCAAGACUGAAAUGCUACUAAAAAGCCGUUCCGUGCUCAAUAGCGGUUCGAAGCAAUUAAUCAAAUCGCGUUCAAGUGAUAAUCUGCCCACUAGUCAGUCGCAGGUGAACAUUCAGAUGAUGUCGCAUACAUUGACCAUCCGUGAGGGCGAAAAGUCGCCCGGUCAUAGAGCUAUCGCGAUGGGCGUCUAUCCCAUUCACAAUCUGAAAAGUCAAGUCUGUAAGAACGAAGAUUUAUUCACGUUGUGGUCGUGGCUGCCUGUGCGGAUAACAAUGUACCAACCGGUGCUGCUGUACACCACAGAAGAGCACGGCUGCUCUCUCACCACAUUCUACGUGCGGGUGGAGCAGCACGAGCCCACGCUGCUGAUGAUCAAGACUUGCAAUAAUGAGGUCUUUGGCGCCUAUUGCUCGUCGCGGUGGUUCGAAAGAAAUGUCAAGGAUGACAAGGGCCAGCGGCAGGCCUACUUUGGCACCGGCGAAACCUUCCUGUUCUCCUUGUAUCCAGAGCGAGCCAAGUACCCCUGGGUGGGAAUUGAGGGUGACAAGGAUCUGGGACACAGUUCCGAGCUGUUUAUGGCAGCCGAUUCCAAAAUGAUUACAAUCGGUGGAGGUGAGGGUCAGGCCAUCUGGAUGGACGAGAAUAUACGUUUUGGCAAAACGGAUGGUUGCAAGACCUUCAACAAUCCCCCGCUCUGUCCAUCCGGUGAUUUUGAGAUCCGCGUACUGGAGGUCUAUGGCUUUGUGGGCAUCUAAGGGGCAUCGCAAGCUCUGUUCAAUCCAACCAAUAUUGCCCGCCGACGAUCAAGUGCUCAGCCAAAACCUACCCUUAUGCAUCUCCACCACCACCACCAAAACCACUCAAACCUAAAGAUUUCAAUACAAACACACUUCCUUCCGCAACUCCUGGCGGAAGAUGAUCGUAAAGAAGAUGAUCGUAAAAUGUUUCAACAUUUAUAAAAACCUAUUUAUAAAUAAAUUUAUCGAAAGUGGCAGAAAGCAGCAGUUUAGCCGUCGUGUUAAUGUUAAAUGUUUCAAAAUGAAUGAAAAAUUGAUUGAUAAAAACAUACAAAUUAUAUAUUAUAUAAUGGAAAUACUCUGUGAGUUCAUGUUUCAAAACGCAAAGCUUUGAAAUUACAAUACAAUACAAUAGUUGUUAUACAGUAAUAACCCCUAUACACAUAUACAAUAUAUACUAUACAUAAACAUAUAUCUAUACGUAUGCAUAAACAAUUACUAUAUAAUAUGUGUAUAACUAAAUGUAAAUCCGUAUUUCUAUAGCCAUGAAAAAUGUUGAAAAGGAUAAACCUAUAUAAUUUUGAAAAUGAAAAAUGGAAAAGUGAAAAAUGGAGAAUGGAAAAGAAAUGUUUAUUAUUGUUUAUUAUAAUUUCGUUUAGCAUGUAUUUUAUUUUUUCUUUUUUCUGUAAACCAACCAAAUUUACUGACUUGACUGAAUUCGUUAUUAAUGUUGUUAAGAUUAUUAUUGCUAUGUGUAUAGAAAGUGUAUGUAAACCUUGUAUAAAUUGCAUUGAGACCGACCCAAUCGAAUGUGUCUCUGAAGGGUUCACUCCUCCAUUUGGUCGCAACUAAAAAAAUAUAUAUAGAUAAAGAAAAACCCAAACCAUGUUUCGAUUAAAGCUACAAAUGAUAUGCUCAGAUACAACAUAUACCAUAUAUUAGAACCCACAUUACGAUAUAUAGCCCACAAUUGAUACAAAUGUAAAGCCAAUGUCCUUAGCCAAAAGAGUCUGUAAUCUGCUUAAAGUCCACAGAGAGAGUAAGAGAGCGUCCCACGUACUCAUGUCAAAUUGAUCUCAAAAUGGAAACAAAAUGUAGAAAGAAAUGUAUUACAAGUUGAAGGCUACAUGGAAAUGAAAUGCAUAAACAAAACCGAUGGAAAUUCAAUAAUUAUUUUAAGAUUCCAUUCCAUAUUCAAUGCCAACGAAAUUCUUUGCUCACAGACACACAAACACCCGCGCACUCACGAAAUUUUUGCACACUUUUCUAGUCAGUUUUUAUGUUAAAGAAAAAGAAAGAAAGAAAAUACGAAUACGAAUAUGAUGUGUGGGAUAGGUCUCUUCCUGUGUAUGCCUCUCUUGAUCUGACUUUGAGUGAUUGCAGACUCUGUUGGAUCAGUGGAACGAUCAUUGCACUACUCAAGCGAAUUGUUACAACUAAAAAAAGGAAAAGCCAG